AUGACAGUUAUUGUUCUAACAGUAACUAACUUUACAUCGGCCCUGUUCAGCUUCGAGCAAUUUUGUAUCAAUUUGACAAAUGAGAAGUUACAGCAGCAUUUCAACCAGCAUGUCUUCAAAAUGGAGCAAGAGGAAUAUACAAAGGAAGAAAUUGAUUGGAGUUAUAUAGAGUUUGUUGAUAAUCAAGAUGUUCUCGAUCUUAUUGAGAAGAAACCUGGCGGCGUUAUUGCUCUUCUGGACGAGGCCUGUAUGUUUCCAAGAUCAACGCACGAAACAUUUGCUGAAAAGCUAUAUCAAACACUUAAGGACAAUAAGCGAUUCAGCAAAUCGAAGUUGUCACGAACUGACUUCACCAUCAAUCACUAUGCUGGUGAUGUCACGUAUCAAACUGAUCUUUUCCUUGAUAAAAACAAAGACUACGUUGUUCCGGAACACGCUGCGCUGCUCUGUGCUUCCAAGUGCUCCUUUGUUUCAGGACUUUUCCCACCUUUACACGAGGAAAGUACUAAAUCAACAAAGUUUUCUUCUAUAGCCACUCAGUUUAAGCAACAACUGCAAUCUUUGCUUGAAACAUUGAGUGCGACUGAGCCACACUACAUUCGUUGUGUAAAGGCAAAUAAUCUUCUUAAGCCGGGGAUAUUUGAGAACAACGAUGUGUUACAGCAGCUUCGAUGUGGGGGUGUAAUGGAGGCAAUUAGGAUAAGUUGCGCUGGAUAUCCAACUCGAAAGAACUUUGAUGAAUUUGUUCAGCGGUUUAGUAUAAUGGAACCUAAGGUUCUAAAAUCAUGGUAUUUACUUCUCCUUUUUUCCGUGUUUUCUUUUUCUGAUCAUACAGAUGAAUGUGAUUGUACUGAACAUAAUUAA